AACGUAGCGUAUCAGGAUGGCUACACUGACUUCCAAGGAGAAAGAUCUCAUCCGGGAAUCGUGGGCGGUGUUGCACGCUAACAAGGCCCAAAACGCCGUCGCCUUCUUCGUAUUGUUCUUCAGGAAGAACCCGACCUACAAGGACAAGUUCUCGCACUUCCGUGACCAGAGCCUUGACGAGCUGGCGAAGGGGGGUAACCCUAAGCUGCAGGUGCACGCUUCGUCCGUGUUCGACUCGUUCGAGGCGAUGGUUGAGAAUAUCGACGACGUUGCCAUGACGUCGUCUCUGUGGGACAACACCUCGCGUCGCCACUACGUGUCGCACGGCAUCGACUUCCAUCACUUCGAGGACAUGGAGACUGCCUUCCUCGAAAUUCUCAAGAACAAACUCGGAGCGAAGAUGACGCCCGAAAUCGACGCGAGCUGGCGAAAGUUGUUCGGCAUCAUGAAUGUCAACUUCAAGAGCAACGCGGCCAAGUUGGGAAAGUCGACGACAUAGAUUGUCGCACGCGCACAUCGUAGCGGGGCUGGGCGGUGACUCACACGUCCUCUACCAUGUCCUCAGUAACACAACAUGGCGACUCACAGACGUGGCACGUGCAUAUAGCUCGUGACUAUAGCCUAUGCCUAUAGCCUAUGCCUAUGCCUAUAGCCUAUGCCUAUAGCCUAUAGACUAUAGCCCGUGACUAUAGCUCGACAAAAUAGCGUGACUGCGACAGUGUAGUGCGUAGCUGUAGCAGGUGAAGGCUUAUCGAACGUAUCACCCAAACCUCGCUAUGUAAUAAAUAACCCUUCGUACAGAUAUCCUAGCUGUAAUACACGCGUAGGGGGCUAUGUAGAAAUCACGUCGUGCACCAGCGAGGUUUGGCGGCAUAUUGUAGACUUCCACACCGCGACGUCGCUCGCUCCGCGUAAGGUAGCUAUAACAGAUAAACGUUCAAGUGCCAGUUUGAGUUGCGCCCAUCUCGAAUCUUCAUUCUAACACAGACCUUUCAAAAUUUCGGACAGCUGCCGUGUACGCAACUUGUCAAAUUCCUUUACAGCGACAGCAGUUUGACGUAACGACAGUAAAUACGAUAUGUACUGUACUGGCGUAACCAUGUAAAGAGAAAGUCGGCACUGUGCAGUAGUAGCAGUGUAUAGAAAUUAUCGUUAGGAAUAACUGUUAUAAAGUAUCAUACGUUGUUAUUGUCGUCGUCAUCGACAUUAUUAUGUCUUGGGUUUCAUAUUCAUCGGUUUAAAGCGUUUUGCUGUUGAUUUACAUUCGACAUUCUUUUAAGAUGCGGUGAGAUUUUUAAUGAUAGUUCCGAUAUAAUAAGCAUAAACAUAUGAUAUCAGAUUGAAUAAAGAUUGAUUUUUUUUAUCAUUA